AUGUCCAUGUCUUCACUCCCCUCCCUGUCGGCAAUAUCGCCUGCUUCGGAAACCAUCGGGAUCUCCAAACGGGACACUCAGUCAAACAGUGGAGCAGAGCGGCCCGCCAUCGGUGUGAGCACACUGCUCAUAGGAUCACACUCGUCUCGGGAACGGGCUUCGAGGCCGAAAGAAGCAGACUUCCGGCUCAUGUUUGCUUACACGUUCUGA